ACUUGGUUUGCUGCUGCGUCUUUUUAUAGCUCACACGUUUUCAGGGAGUCUGGCUGGGGUUUGGAAAGCGGCGUGCAACAACUUUAGUGAAUCAGCUCAGCUGUUUGCAGGCCUUUAUCAGCCGGGACUGAGUUAACACUUGCAAUAAACAAGUAGCCGAGAGCAAGAAGUCGGUGUGCAGCGCUUCAGUUCUUCGGCCCCGGUGUUAACUUAAGUGUGUGACCGCCUCUUGAAGCCUGAUUUCGGGGAACAACGAUCUGCAAUGGACCGAUCUGCUACACUGGAGCACUAUAAGGCAGCCAUGUUGUUGAGUGGAGUGGGUGACGCUCUAGGAUACAGGAACCAGCUCUGGGAGUAUAAUGAGUCUGGACCAGCUAUUCACCAGGAGCUCAAGGAGCUCGGUGGUCUGAAGAACAUCAAGGUUGAGCUCCCUGACUGGCCGGUGAGCGAUGACACGGUUCUGCAUCUGGCAACCGCUGAAGGACUGGCUACUGGGAAGAUAGGGGAGGAGCUCCUGCAUGAGGUGGCUGCUCGAUAUGUGGAGGGGAUGAAAGACAUGGACGGGAGGAAACCAGGGCCUUCGAGCAUCCUGGGAGUGUCUCUAUUGAAGCCUGGGGAGGAAGGAGGCUACAGAGUGCCCUAUAACCCUGAGGGGACGGGCUGUGGAGCAGCCAUGAGGUCGAUGUGCAUUGGCCUGAGGUAUCCAAAGCCUGCCCAGCUGCUGUCGCUGGUGGCGGUUGCCUUGGAGACAGGGAGGAUGACCCAUCCUCACCCCACCGGUUUCCUGGGAGCCGUAGCAUCGGCCCUUUUCACUUCGUACGCCGUCCAGCGCAGGCCAAUCACGACGUGGGGUCUAGGCCUGAUCAACGAGGCCUGUCCAGUAGCGAAGAACUUUGUUCGGGGUCGAGGCUUCGCCGUGGAGGAGACGGAGAGAGACUGGGACUAUUUCUGUGACAAGUGGCAGUGGUACCUGGAUUUGAGGGGUAUCUCCAACGGGGUGGGCCCUGUGAUUUGGCCUUCCUCCUACGGCCCAGCUGAGAGAGACGAAGCGUACAAGAGCUUCAGUCUGUCGGGCUGGGCGGGACGCAGCGGUCACGAUGCUCCGAUGAUAGCCCUCGAUGCCCUGCUGGGGGCCGGUUCGGACUGGGAGGAGCUGAUGAGCAGAGCGGGCUUCCAUGGAGGUGACAGUGACAGCACAGCAGUGAUCGCCUGCUGCUGCUGGGGUCUCCUCUACGGCACACAGGGGGUCCCUGAAGGCAACUACUCCAACCUGGAGUACAGGCACCGAUUGAAGCGCAGCGCGGAGCAGCUCUACGCCCUGUCGCACUGAGUUCACCGCCGCCGCUGACCGUGUGUGUGUGUCCAAACGUGUUGCACCGAGAGGAAAGUAGGCCACACACUCUGACACACUGACGUAAACCUAGCUGGUGUACUCAGUAGUACAUUGAUCUAGAGCGCUGUCACUGAGCCACAUCGUGUGGUGUCAUACUUGCCUGAAGGGGAAGAAGAGCGUCCCACUAACCUAAAGCGGAAUCAUUUUUUGCCACAAGGACUGUGUGCCUCAUGAUGUCGGCACCAAACUUGGUGUAUAAAGAGGGGUCCCCCUAGUGACCGUUUUAAAUUAAAAUGCUGAGUUGUACCACUGAGUGGAACGAAUCCAAGCUAAUGAGAAUGUGAAGAGAAUACAAAAAGUCCCCCAGGAGGUAAUUACUUCGUUUUGUCAGCCUGACAUAAUAGCAAAUGCUUAGUGAGCUUCAAAUUAAAUGUGCUCUUGUUAUUGUCUAAAGAAAAAUAUAUUUCUGUCUCAUUAUAGUUAACUGUUUCUUCAUGCAGUGAAGAGCAAAAUUGCAGUACCCAAGACAAGCACAAUUAAUGGUACAAUAAAUUAAACAAAGCAUUUAA